UUCCACACAAGCACAGCUCUGAUCAACAGGUCACGACUGAAAGUGAAGGACGAGAGAAGACGCAAGAAACAAGGACUGACUGCUUGCAUUUUUAAAACCACAGCAGUCAUGUCUCCUGUUUGGCUUGGACAAACACUUUUGGUCCUGCUGAUGUUCAGGAUUGUGGGAUCAAAAGCCAGCAUCAGAUCUCAUCGGAAGAAGCGAGAGUGGAUUCUUCCACCAACAAGACUGUAUGAGAAUGUAGACUACACAAAGGAGGAAUAUGUGGCAAAAAUCCGAUCUGAUAAAGAUAUUAACUGGCAGGUGGUGGAAUAUGGACUAACAGGUCAUGGUGCCGACAAGCUACCCUAUAAUUUGUUUGUUAUCAAUCCUGAGAAUGGUUAUGUCAGAGUCACAGGUCUGCUGGACAGAGAAAAAACAUCUUCAUACAACCUAACUGGCAUCGCUAAAUAUCGUAACGGAUCAAUAGCUGAAGAAAACAUUAUGCUUAAGAUUAAAGUUGAGGAUCAGAAUGAUAACUUUCCAAUAUUCAGACCGCAAAGGGGAUCUGUGAAGGAAAGCAGCAAGAUUGGAACACCUGUUAUGCAGAUAAGAGCUACUGAUGCAGAUGAGGAGGGCACAAUCAAUUCCAAAAUAGCAUACAGUAUAAUAAAACAAUCCCCUGCUGAAUCAGGAAAUAUGUUCUCCAUUGAUAGAGCAACUGGGAAUGUUUAUGUGAAGGAGAAAAUCCUGGAUCGAGAGAGACAUGAUAAAUAUACUUUAAUAGUUCAGGGAGUUGAUAUGGACGGAGCUUCGUCUGGCAACACAGGAACAGGCACAGUGCAUAUUAAUAUUCUGGAUAUAAAUGACAAUGUUCCCACUCUUGAGAAAGAAGAGUAUUCAGGUAGUGUUGAUGAAGGUGUGGUUGAUGUGGUUGUCAUGAGAAUUAAAGCCCAGGACAAAGAUCUGAAAUUCACUGAUAACUGGCUGGCAGUGUUUGACAUUCAGAAAGGAAAUGAAGACAAUCUCUUCUCCAUUGAAACGGACCCUAAAACCAAUGAGGGAAUUCUAAAACUCAUCAAGCCUGUUGAUUUUGAAAAGGUCAAAGAGCUGGACCUCAAUUUGGUUAUAUCAAAUGUAGCUCCUUUUAUAAACGGAAGUGCUUUAGAGCUGGAUGUCAGUCUGGACAAGGGUGGAGCAGGUGUCGGAGCAGGGGCCGGGGUGGGAGCAGGUUUGGGAGUUGGAUUAGGUGUAGGGUUAGGUUUAGGAUUAGAUGCUGGACUGGAUGCUGGGCUGGAUGCUGGACUUGAUGCAGGAUUGGAUUUAGGUGCUGGACUGGAUGUAGGCCUAGAUGCUGGACUGGAUGCUGGACUAGAUGCUGGAUUAGAUGCUGGAUUAGAUGCUGGACUGGAUGCUGGAGUGGAUUUGGGUGCCGGAGUGGAUGCAGGUGGAGAUGUUGGGCUUAAGCCCGGAGUUCAUCCUGGAGCCAAGCCUGGCCCUUCACUUGGCGUCAAGCCAGGGCCAAAACCAGGAACAAAACCUGGAACUAGUCCUUCUGGCAAACCCGUAAGCGAUCCUGAUAAAAAACCAGCCGGGAAAGGUUACCCAGUUAAGAUUAGUGUAAACAACCUGCCUGACGGGCCUGGCUUCUCACCUUCUGUGAAAGACUUUCCAGUGUCAGAGGAUCCAAAUGAAGAUUUCCCAGUGGUGUUGGGCACAUUUGCUGCUUUAGAUGGAGACACUGGAGAACCAGCUGAAAAUGUGAGGUAUGCCAAAGGUCACGAUCCCGAUAACUGGAUAACCAUUGAUGAGGAAACUGCUGAGAUAAAGCUGACAAAGGCUCCAGACCGAGAAUCAAAGUUUUUGGUCAAUGGAACCUACUUUGCGAAGAUUAUCUGCAUGACUCAAGAUGUGCCAGCUAAAACCGCCACCGGGACAAUAGCGUUAAAGGUGGAGGAUACCAAUGACCACUGCCCCACACUGACCAGCAGCUAUCAUCAAACAUGUGAUAACAAUAAACUGGUAAAUGUCACAGCUUUCGAUGAGGACGCCGAUCCAAACGCCGCACCUUUCCAAUUUGCUCUGAUAGAAGAGGAGAGUGUGGGAAAAUGGCAGAUGGUGCCAGUAAACGGAACAACAGUGAGUUUUCAUACACAGGAGACUUUGUGGCCUGGCAUCUAUGAGCUGACAGUGAAGAUCUCAGAUGCUCAGGGUCUGGCCUGUCCAGACAACCAAAAGUUUGAGGUUGAAGUGUGCAGCUGUGAGAAAAAAAGCUCAUGCGGGUCGAGGCUUGCUGCACAGCACAGCGUCCCACUCAAAAUAGGAAAGCCAGCUCUCGGCUUGUUCCUCAGCGGCGCAGCUUUACUCUUGCUGGUACCCUUCCUCCUGCUCUUCUGCCAGUGUGGGACCGUGAAUGAAUUCACAGAUUUGCCAUUUGAUGCUAAAGAAUAUCUCAUUCCAUAUCACACUGAAGGCAUUGGGGAGGACAAGGAGGUUCCUGCUCUCAGUGGUCUUGCUGCUACAAUAGACCAAAAGCAGCUGCUUCAGGAUAGCAAGGCUUCCAACACUGUAUCCAAAAUGCACUUUCAUACAAGUGUUGCUAAUGACACCAGAAUGCUCAACCAGGACAUAAACGAUGGGUUAACAGAAUCUGAUGGCCGGAUUUGGUACAGACAAAAUACAAUUUCUACGGCCAACCACCGCAACAGUGCUCUCUAUUCUGCAUCAUUCAUUCAAGAAAAACAGGACAUUUAUGGGGACAUGGCAUUAGGAGAUGUCUUUCUGAAUGAAUACUUCUCUCAGAAAGCAAGCUGUGCUGCAGCCAACCCUCCUCUAGCAGACGGUCUUCUGGUUUAUGAGUAUGAUGGUCAAGGAUCCCCUGCUGGCUCGCUUGGAUGUUGCAGCAUCCUUGAGUCUGAUGAUGACCUGGAGUUCCUGAACAACCUGGGGUCAAAGUUUCUUACAUUAGCCGAAGUAUGCAAUCCUCCAAAGCCUUCUUUACCUCCUCCCAAAACUGAGCAAGUUGUCAAAUCAGUUGAAACCAGCUACAAAUCCAAGAGCUCUGUCAGCACUAGCACCAUCCAGGUAACUAAAGAAAAAACAGCACCACAACAGGAACAGCAAAGCUCUGUUACCAAAGUCGAGACGGUUAAUACAUUUGCAACAGUACCAAAAGCUAGUCCAACAGUUUAUGUGCAACAGCAGCCUCUAUUCUACCUAGUGGAAGAGCAAAUGCCAAACAUUUCAUUCGUCGAGAGUCCCACUCAGGGUUUGUUUGUAAUAAAUGGGAACCCCGGGAUGGAAGGUUUGAUUCUUCAAGAUGGAAAUAUUUCACAGCGUCGAGGACAGCAGGCAAUGUACUUGGUUAAUGGAGCCCCUGUAACCGCUAAUCAGCCAAUACAGUUCCAAACAGAAGGCCAGGAACAGGAGGCUGUGCUGGGAUUCAGUCCUCUCUCAUCUCCUAUUGGACCAUCUGGAGGUGUAGUGCUAAUGCAGACACAUUUUCAGGGGAAAGCAGUGCAAGGAGAGGCUGGAAGGCCAUCAGCGAAGCUUGGUGAUGAUUUAACACCGGGCAAAAAACAGAACAAGAACACCCCAUCUACUCCAUCAUCUAAGUAGAUUCAAGAAGAACCACAUGAUAGGGUUCAGGGUGAUUUUUUAGCUCUAUUUGAGGAAAAAAAAUUGUAGUACAUCAGUACUUUGACUAUUAAGAUUGGCUAUAGAAAUAUUUAAAGAUUAAUGCUUUGGAAACAUCAUUGAAUUUCUGUUGAGUGUGGAGAUACUGGCUGUAUUGAUUGGAAAAUGGAAUUAAUAGGAAAUAAUUCAUUCUAAUUUUCAUCCAAUAGUUGCAUUCAAAGGUUUGGGAUUUUCUUUGGAACAAUGUAAAAGUCUUCACUGUAAAUGACUGGAUACUGGAUCAUAAGUGAAUACUGUAGGGGCAGUAUUAUGCCUUUUGAUAGACUUAAUAUUUUUUAUACAAUGUUGUUAAAGCAUUAAUAUAAGCUCCAGGCCCAUAGCCAGGUCGGGUUCGAGUGGUGCGAAAGAUUCACCCUUCAUUAACAAAGUUCCAGAAUUUGUCCCAUACAUGAGCUCGUUUGUGCUAUUUUGACUGCUAUACCAUCCUAAAACUCAUCGAUAAUUCAUCGAAAAGGGCUUUAAGACCAAGCCAAAUCCUCUGUUGGCUGUCGCUUCAGUUUGACUUCAGUUAAUCAGUUUUGGCCAACGCAAUCAAUUAGUCCAACAUAAAGCUGUGCAAGAAAAUAUACAAUCUGAUGUAAGUGGUCAUCUUUCGCUACUGUAUUGUUUUUGAAUAGAGAAAACAUUUACAAGUAACUUUUAUUUUAAAUCUUGAACCUUACUCUUGCCACAAAUAAUGACUCAUAUUAGGAUUCAUUUGAAUCCCAUAUUGGCUAUCAUUGUUAUCCAUGAAUUUUCAGAUGUACUUUAUUUCAAGAGAGACUAAAAAAAAUUGUGAAUCUCUACAUUAUUAUUAUUGUGUUUUAAUUUUUGUGUUAUUCAAAUGGUCAAAUUGUGACUGAGGACAGUUGAAUGUGCUGGCUAGUUUGUUAUUUGCCUAAUAAAUGACAAUAGGCUACAGUUUUUAUUUUUAAAACUAAAACUAAUGAUAUAGGAUGUAAUAAGUUCGUAUUUUAAAAAUCAUUAUUUUUAUCAUAUUUUUUUAUUUUAAACACUUAGGAAACAUUUUUGGUACAUUAAAAAGUGUGGUUGUGCUGACCAUCCGAAAAGCUAAUCCAGAAAUAAAAAAUAGUGCUUAAAAUAUUACUGAAAUGCAGUAUUUAAAUUUCAUAAUUAAAUAGAAUAUGAGGCGAGUAUAUGAAAAAAAUAACCAUCCCUUUCACCUGGCUGGCUAUGGGCCUAGGUUUAUAGUGAUAUUAGACAUGUUUUCCAAACUACAUUUGCAGACCAGAAUUCACUGAGAGUAACAACUCCUAAUUUUCAUCCAGUUUCUUUACAUAGAACAUAUUUUCAUGCUUAUUUACAUGCUAAAAUCAAUGUGAGCGUACGUUUUGUGAGUCAGUAACUGCAAAAGUGACUGUUGCUGUCUUUAAAAAUAUAUAUUCAUUUUGGUUGAUGGAUGAAGACAGCUGCGAGUUAGAUGGGUGUGUGUUGAGUGUUUUAUCUGUCAAAAGAAGUCAGUGAUUGACAAGAGGAGUGAUUCAAAAGCAAUGGAAUCUUUAAAAAUGUACAAACAGAUACGAUCACUUGAAUAAUAAAAAAUAACCCUGAAGCAAAAGGCUGAGAACAUAAAAAAGGGUCUGGAAUGAACAAGUUCAGGAAGCACAAUGUGAAAAUCCAACUAAAGAGAGUGUUAGGAAAUGUCUGGAGGGACAAUCAUAACGUCCUUUUUGAAAGGUCAUCUCUUUCAAUGUUUAUGUUGACACCAUCUGGAGCAUUUGGCCCUGAGGUUGAUCAGCAUUCACAUUAACAGCCAUGCAUGUGGCCAGAUGUUCUGAUAGCUGAUUGAGGAAUCUUUUAAGGAAUUAUUAACAGUAAAGGACAUUUAUUUGUAUGUGAAUACAUGUUACAGAUAAUGGGGGGAAAAAACUAAAGAAAAAAACAAAUCCUCAACAAAAACAAAGCUUUUUCUGCAGGUGUUUGAUUUGGACUUGUGAUGUAAUGUGAUCUUUUUCUGCUAUUACCAUAGUUAUUUUUAUUUCUCUAUUUUUACCUUAAAAACCUGUAGAAUGAAUAUCUGGGUAUAUCUUGGCAUAGCUGAAAAAUAAGAGUUCAGUACAUGGAAAUGACAUAUUGAGAACCUCAAACACCAUUGCUUCCUCAUUGUCAUGAAAAUCCUGUGAGUGUGAAAAACAGGCCAAUCAGAACAAUGAACAUCGACUGUUAAAUUGUACAUGGGUUCAUUAAUAUGCAUGCCUCAUGCUGUGUUUAAUUGGCCGCAACAUUUGCUAGUAGAUUGCAACGAUUUUUGCCCUUUGUGUUUACGUUGAUCUAAGCUUAUAUUAAGCUUGCUAUGUAUAUGGGUCUUUUUUUUUUGAAAAUGAGAGAGGCAGGGAGAGUAAUGCCAAGUUAAGACUGCAUGAUUUUAGCCCAGAUUUUGACUCGUCGACAGGUUUUAAGAAAUCGCUAGCAAAACAAUUGCAGAGUAACAAUCACACAAUGUGAAUUAUCAAAGAUGCCAUCUAAGAGAAUCGCAGAUGAGUCAAUAACACCUGUGAAAUAUUUGGCAUGCUAAAUAACUGGAGCUGUCGGUGAUUCAAAUCAUGCCGUGUGAAAUGUGUUCUGAUUGAAAAUAACAUCGGAGAUCACCUACAGCCAAUGAGAGGGUAUCUGCAGGCCAGCAAGAGGAGGUUCAAUAGGACUACUUUGAAAAUCCUGCAGUCUGAACUUGGCAUAAAGCCCCCUCAAAGUCAUAGAGAGACAGAAAGAGUUGCGACAACUCCAUUGACUUCAAUAGGACAUUUUAUCAACAGCAAUGGCGGUUCAUGGAGCCUCUUACUAGUUCUCGGAAGUUAAAACUUACAGCCGAGAUACUGCUGAAGACAAUGGUUUUGUACUUUUAAAAGAUACAAAGUUUCCAAAAAUAAGAUUGUGUAUGUUUUAACGUUAUCUAAGAUUAUCUGAAUUAACCACAAAGGACUUCCUAGAACUAUUUGAGUCUGCAUGAAUUACGUGACGAUCAAACAUUUUGGCUAUUUGGCUCUGAGCUCACUGAACCAAGCCACAUCUUCACGUUUUUUUCUAUUAUUAAGUGACACGAACAGAUGCAAGAUAUCAACGCUGGUGUACAUACACUCAUAUAAAACAGUGUUUAAAAGUCUAAAAGAUGUGUUAUGGUGCUUCACAUUUGGUGUGAUGGGCUUUAAGAACAGUUAUUAGCCAGCCAUCUGUUUAUAAUCUGUCAAAAUGCAAAAUGCAGGAUAUACGAAUUAUUAAUUCAUUCAGCAUCACCCAUAAGGGGCAUAAGGCCCAUCUUUUGUUAGUUUAAUGUGUAUACUGUGAAAUAUGCCAUCUAUGUUUGUAGUAAGGCAACAGACAAAUGUGUGUAAGUGCUGAAUAGCCUGAAUAUAAGUUUUGAUUGCACAUAUAUGCAUUGUGUUACAUACAACUGUUCAUUUAAGGCAAUUUGUGUGUUUAUAUAUGAGUAUAUAAAACUCUUUCUGUAGAAUUUUUAAGCCACACACAUAUUAUGUAGAUAUCAGAACAAUGAACCUAUUGAAUCAAUGCACCCUAUGACAUGUUUCAUUUUCAGCUCAUUAUAUCUCAUUUUAAACUCAUUAUAUCAUCAUUUUAUCUCACAAUUAUGACCUUUUUUUGGAAUUUUAUUGCUUUCAUUAGGGUUAGAUUGUUAGGUUAGGGUUGUUGACAUUAUGUAAUGUUAAGUAGACAUUUCCUUUAACAGGUACUUACAAUCAAUAAAAUAUCUGUUGGAGGAGCAUCAAAAUAAUAGGUUAGCAGAUAUUAAGCAGACCGAUUACUAAUACUCUAAAGACUGCACAUAGACAUGUAGUUGCAAAGUUGCUUAUAGGUAACAGUGUAUCUAAAGGAGAAUGGCAGAAUGGCAAGAUGUAAACUCGGAUUAAGAUUUGACUUUCUUCAGCAUUUUGAGGUUUGUCUAAAAUAUUUCAUAUCUAAGAACACGCAGUUAAAAUUGUGAAAAAUGUGAACUGAAAGUUUAUAUAUUAAAGUUCUUGGGGAAUUGUGAGAAACUUUGAUAAAACUGUGAUAAAGUUGCAAUUCUGAGAAAUGUCACAAUUAUACCUUAUAAAAAGUCUAAAUUGUGAGAUAAAAGGUUUUUUUUUUAUUCCAUAAGGAAAAUGGGCUUCCAUAUAAUACAAGCUUAAUAAAUAUAAUAUUAAAAAAAUCUAAAAAAUAAAAAACAAAGAAAAAUUUAAGAUAUUAAUACGUAAACAUAUUGCUCUCAGUUUCUGUUUUUUUAUGACUAAAUGCUUUUUAGUGCUUUUUAGCUUUUUAAUGAUUUAAUUGACUAAAUUAAUUUUGGUGAUUAUCCAGUGGGUUUUUCUGCAUGAAUCAAUGAAAAUAUUAUGGUGAUUAUUUGGGGACAAAAAUCUUGAAUAAAGUCCUGUAUUGCUCCAGUUGUGCAGAGUUGU